ACCAAUAGCGACGCGAAAUAAAUGCUGAAGAUGGCGGCACUAGCGGCGCUCGGUAGUUUUAGGGUGCUGAGCUCUUGCAGGCGGAGCAGGGCAUUCCAUUCUUAUCUUUUCCAUGUAGCUGUUCUCUUGCUGUCUGGCAGAUAAUGAGAAGUCCGUUCUGUGCCAUUAAAAACAGAGCUUGUAUGUCAAGGAUAAGAACACAGUGGAUAGCAUCCUCUGCCUCUGGAGAGACCCAAACUUAUUCUAGUAAUGGGCAGAUCUACCUCAGUGAGAGCUGUGUGAAGAGGCUGUUGGAGAUUGCAGAAGGGUCUGAGUUUCUCAGGCUGCAGGUAGAAGGAGGUGGUUGUUCAGGUUUCCAAUAUAAAUUUUCCUUGGAUACAGUUGUCAAUUCUGAUGACAGAGUUUUUGAGAAAAGUGGUGCCAGAGUGGUGGUGGACUUGGACAGCUUAAGUUUUGUGAAAGGAGCAAUGGUGGACUUCAACCAGGAGCUAAUUCGCAGCUCCUUCCAAAUAGUGAACAAUCCACAGGCAGAACAAGGUUGUUCUUGUGGGUCAUCUUUCUCAGUUAAACUCUGAUUGAACUACUCCAGGUGGACCGAAUGAUGAAGAAAAAUCCCUUUUCUUGUUGUUUUUUUCCUGUACUCCAGUUCAACUGAACAACUGGUUUAGUCUGUUGUACUGCAUGAUGAAAGAAACUAUCUUAGCCAAGACUCAGUCAAGAACUGAUUUAUUCAAGACUGAAUGUGAAAUGAAUUAAUCUCAUUUGGUGUCUGUGAGUCUCCAAGUCUUUGCUUUAGAGGACAGACCUAAGCAAUCAGCUUCUGCUGUAAUGUCAUAAACUAUUUAUUUAUUAUAACCUUUUCUGAUUGUUUUAAAAAUUUUAAAACCUUCCAGUUGUUUGCAGUGCUAUAUAAUGAGGUUUGUGUGAAUGUGGUUUGCAUAUGAGGUUGAACUGAGUCUGAGCAUACAACAAUAAAUAGAUAUGCCUGCAUG